CAAAUCCUCAACAUUGUCUUCAUCGGAGGCCGAUUUCAGAAGAAGACCCAUGAGAGCAUUAACAACAGAUUGGCUCUCGUUAUGAAAAGUGGGAAAUACACUUUGGGUUACAAAACUGUUCUCAAAUCUCUCAGAAGCUCCAAAGGUAAGUUGAUUAUUAUUGCCAACAACUGCCCUCCUCUUAGGAAGUUGGAGAUCGAGUAUUAUGCCAUGUUGUGCAAAGUUGGAGUUCACCACUACAAUGGAAACAACGUAGAUUUGGGAACUGCUUGUGGCAAAUACUUCAGAGUGUGCUGCCUCAACAUUAUUGACCCUGAAUCCCCUCCCAAUCCCACCGAGGACUCUGCCAAUUUCGCCGACCAACCUAAGCUCAUGAGUGCUGCUCUUGUUAAGGCUGCUAAACAGGCUGAAAAUGAUGUUGUAGGCCAAGAACUUCAGAAACAACUAGAGGCUGCUGUGAAGGAACUGAAACAGGUUCAAGAGUUACUCAGUCAAGCAGCAGAUAAUUGUCUCAACUUGAAGAAACCAGAUUGACUUUAUUUCCUUGAACAAUCCCUCCUUCCAUGUUUAAUUUUAUUGUCUUUAUAUUCGUUUAAUCCUAGGAUUCUAAAGGUUUAUUUAUGUACUUAAAAAGUUAGUACAAAAUGUUCCAUCUGGGCUUUUGAUUCUCU